AUGUCAAAUCAACCAAAGAGCUCAGACAUUUGGAACUACGAAUCUAACCGAUUGUCCCAUUUUCAAGAGGAACCUAACUUAUGGCCUAAUAAUUACCUUCAUGAUGGAACGCAUUUGAGUCGAAAUAUGUUAAAUGGAUCUACAAGUAGUUCGACGAUUCCUGAUUUUCCAUCAAUAUGGAAUAGAUGCAAUAAUGAGCAUAACCUCGUAAAUGAUUUUUCACAAUGGUCAUUGAAUCAGUCUAGUUCAUCACAGUCGUCAAAUUUUGCUUGGAAUGAACCUGCUUCUAAGUUACCUCAGAUCAGCUCUAAUAACGUGCCUGAAAAUGAUGUCUUUCAAACCCCAUGGCCGGAUGCAUCUUGGCCUCCAAUUAACAAGGAAUCUAUUCCUCCUCCCCAUUCUGCCCAAAAUGAAACAAAUAAUCAGGAUGCUGAUCCCCUAUCCACAAAUUCACAGGCGAAACCCUCAAAAGCAAAAGAAAAAUCAAUGACGGGAUUAGAUACACUUUCGGAUUUACAGUUGCCUCAAAAUAAUCAACCACAGUUAAAAAAUGAUGCGGAACUGCUAAUCAAAGAACGGAUUAAUAACCCAGGUAAAUGGGGCCAGAAGCCUAUAGAACAGAACACUCCAUGGACUGAUGAUGAUGAUGUCAAAUCUCCCCGUCAAUGUCAGGACUCAAAUGUUUGGAGAAGCGAACCGCCAACUGGGGCUCAUAUCUGGGAUUCCUUGCAGGCUGGACCUUCUACGCCAACCGCUUCCUUAAAUGGAUCAGCUGCUUCACGAAUUUCACCUCAGGCACUUUCUAAUCAACAUCUACCAUCGACUUUCAAUAAUUGGACCUAUUCUUCGACUGGUUCAUUCUCUUCGCGGUCUCAAUUUCCGUCCCAAGGCGCUUCACAAGGUUUCGGUCCACCUGGUAGUUUUCGGCGUCAAAUUCAGGGAGCUACUUCUACUUUAAUCUCCCGUCAAUCCAAUGAUAGCUCUGGCCUGAGUGGACCGCCAAUGGGCUCGCAUCGAUUGAAUGCCUGGCCUUCCCCCUCUAUCAAUGACGUUCCAGGUGGUAGCAACCUGGGUAGUAGGUCAAGCACUUGGGCUUCAAGGCCAAAUAUGGAUACUCAGCCAAUUGGUAACUUACUUGAGAACCACUUUAGGAAUUCUACUGGUGGCAUAAACAAUAUACUGAAUGUACCUCAGCCAAUGCCAAGCCACCGCAAUAGUCUGUUGACUUAUUUCAUGCAACAGGGUUUCCCUCGAGCCGAUGUAGAGGAGGUGCUUUCGACUGGAAAUACCGAUAUUGAUCAGUGUUUGGCUGCUUUACGUGCACUACAAUCCUCCGGGGGGAGUUCAAUGCCUUUUCGGGGCACUCAACGUACUUUAGCUUGUACUCGCCUUCUAUCCUCACCCACUGCACCAUCUGAGAGUGGAUCUUUCUUUGGACCAUUUUCCAAUAAUCAGGUUGCUUCGAAUGCUUCUUUUGGACGUGGAAAUACGAUGAGGUCAACUACAAAGUCAAAUUCUAUGAACUUAAGUGGCGGAGCUAUCGGUUCUCUUCCUGGGGGACAUUUCAACACUGGGAGUGACGAUGGUCUCAUGAGUUCUUUACUUGGACGCCCACCUGCUCAAACUCCCUCAAUGUCAUCCUUCCUCGAAGGCUCCUCAAAUACUGCCGCUCCAAUACGAAACUUCCAAUCUUCGUCCAAUAUCUCAUCUGUCAUGGGCUUGCUAGCAUUGAAAAACGAAAUUCAAAUGCAGUUGAAUGAAUUCAACGAGAAGCCCUUCAUGCUGACUUCUCCCAAUGGCAAGAAAAUGUUCUCCGAUCUGAAUUUGCAGCUGCAAUGUGUGAACAUGCAGUUGCUUAAUGCCAAUAGUAGUGGUGGGACAUCCGGUGGAUUUGCACCUAAUUCAAUUCCAAAUGGUUUUCGGAGUUCUCGUCAAAAUAGCUACAAUGACAAUUUCAGCGCUCAAAGUCAUUCGUUGUCAGCGAGUGAGGAGAAUUGGCUUCUUAUUCGUGAUAUGUCCAUCUCAAUUCCCUCAUUAGAACUUGGAAAUAUCCUCGAUUGCAACAUUUUGGAGUUUCAUGAUUUUCCAGUUCCCGGGAACUAUCUCAUUCGAGUGGGCAGCGCCGAAAUUGCCCGUGAGAUUAAGCGGCGCUGCGAUACACAUUUCUGCUCUAUCAUACCCAGUGUUGUUGUCAUGUCAGGUGAAGCUGCGGCUGGAGUUUUAUUAGAAUCGGCUAAACUCAAGAACCCUGUGCCUACCGCUGUCUUUAGCUGA